AUGGAAUCUCACGUAAACUAUCUCUUUGGAGGCACAAAGCCUUGGGACAACAGUCUCUGGACAGCUUCAGAUGAUCGCGUCCGCGGCGGCUCCAGCAUCUCUCACCUAACAGUGUCAAGUCCAACGCAGGCCAUCUACCACGGACAUCUCGACACCAAGACGCUCGGAGGCGCUGGCUUUGCUUCGCAGCGCACAAUUGGUGAUCUUGCGCUGGAUCUCUCUCAAACGACGGGCCUGCAGCUCGUUCUCGGCGCGGGCAGCUCUGAGCAAAAAUUCACCCUCAAUGUCAAGGAUACCAUCCCCGGUAAGAGAAAGGAUGGUAGAGAUGAGGCUGGUAUCAGUUGGGAGGUGGACUUUGAGGCGCCCCGCGAAGGAGGCGUGCUGGUCAAGAAGUGGGAUGAGUUCAAAGCAACGUAUCGCGGAAGAGAUGUCAAGGAUCCUGAGCCGCUAAAGGUGGAUGACAUCAAGAGAAUAUCUCUCAUGACGCGAAGCUUCUUCGAUAAGCAGGAUGGAGAUUUCAAGUUGGUCGUCAACUCUAUUGCUGCGGUCAAGAAGGACAAUGAUGAAAGUGACGAUGAGUACGACUUGAAGAAGCCUGUUGUGCCGGCCCAGUCUGCUCCUCGUCCUGCUUGGAAGGCUCUAUUCUGUGGUCUUCUGUAA